AUGACAGGUGCUGUGGAGGACCCAUGUCCGGUUGGACUGGAUGAGAAGGCUAUCCAGCACCAUGAGAGUACCCAUAGUCACCAGGAGGUGGUUGGUAGCGAUCAUAGUAAUGAUGCAGAGCUUCAUGAGUCGGAGAAGGAUAUCCCGAUGACCUUCCGACGCUUCAUGGGAUUCACAGCCAUGGCUUUUCUGUGGACUGGAAGUCAGAUUCCAGUGUAUCUUUUUGGUGGCAUCCCUCCCUAUAUCUAUGGAGCCAUUGGUGGAGCAGACCGAUGGGUCUGGUUUGUCCUUGCCAACUUGCUUAGUCUCGCCGCCAUCUGCCCCUUCGUCGGAUCCUUGUCUGAUCUGUUCGGUCGCCGUUAUGUCGCGAUCGCGGGCGCUGCCCUCAUUUGUUUGGGCAUGAUCGUUAGCAGCACGGCCAACACCAUGAACAUUUUUAUUGCGGGCAUGGCGAUUGCUGGUGCUGGUGCUGGUAUCAACGAAUUGACUGCCCUGGCGGCCACCUCCGAAAUGGCACCAACUCGCAAGCGCGGCGUUUAUGUCGCAGCUCUCAUUUUCUCCAUUGUGCCAUUUUGCCCAUCUGUGCUCUAUGCCCAGCUUAUUGCAUACUAUAGCAACUGGCGAUAUGUUGGCGCGUUCUGUGGUGCGUGGAAUGGAUUUGGUCUGCUAGUCACGGUCUUCUUCUAUUUCCCUCCUCCUCGAACCAACUCUCUUGGGCUGAGCCGGAAGGAGAUCAUCAGCCGUAUCGAUUUCGUCGGUGGUUUCUUGAGUAUCACCGGUUUGAUUGUGUUCUUGGCAGGUCUGCAGUGGGGCGGUUAUAUGUACCCAUGGUCUUCUGCCCAUGUCCUUGCCCCAUUGAUCAUUGGUUUCGUCCUCUUGGUCGCAUUUGCCUUCUGGGAAAUUUAUGGAGCCAAAUACCCCAUCUUCCCAACUCGACUGAAGCAAGAGCCUCGCACUCUAGGUCUCACCCUUGUUAUCACAUUUAUCUCGGGCGCAAACUUCUUCUCCGUGCUGAUGUUCUGGCCGACCGAAUCUUUCAAUGUAUAUGGCCAUGACCCCGUUGAUGUCGGCAUUCGAAGUCUGCCUGUUGGUUUCGGUAUCUUGGCAGGAGCCUGCAUUGUGCUUGUGCUUCUCAGUGUUUUCCGUGGACACAACAAGGAGCUAUUGAUUGUUAGCAGUGUUCUUAUGACCGCCGGCUGCGGAGCUCUCUCAAUUGGACGCGUUGAUAACCUCUACCAACUUUGGGGACUUCUCGUACUAGCCGGUCUUGGAAUCGGUGGUAUCGUGGUUCCAGCUUCAAUCAUCACUACCAUCAUCUGUCCUGAUGAUCUCAUUGCCACGAUUUCCGCUCUUACCUUGUCCAUCCGUGUCGUGGGUGGUGGAGUCGGCUACACGAUCUACUACAAUGUCUUCAUCUCCAAAUUCGUCCCGCUGACAACACACUACAUUGGCGGUGUGAUGGCGACACAGCUCAAUAUCACAGAUGUCGCAGUCAUCACAGAGGUGAUUGAACUCACCGGCGCGUCGCUACUAGACGAAAUCAAGAUGGUCCCCGGUAUUGCUGGAAAUGAGAUGGCAUAUGAAGCGGUGGUUGCUGCUGGACAGAUUGCAUACGCAGAGGCAUAUAAAUGGGUUUACUAUGUCAGCAUUGCAUUUGGAAUUGUUUCCAUUCUGGCGUCUUGCUUCCUGGGCGAUAUCUCCAAGUACAUGACCGACCAUGUUGCGGUGGUGAUGUGA